AUGGAGCUCCCUCGCAUCGUUGCCAGUACUCUCAGAGUCCUGCAGGUCGCCGCUGCAGCCAUAGUUGCGGGCAUCACGGGCUACUUCCUCAACCAGUCAAACGCUAGCACCUGGGAUCUUGGACGUUUUAUAUACGUCGAAGUGGCUGCUUGUCUAUCAUUGCUGGUCGCCAUCGUCUUCCUACUGCCUUACCUCGACGCCUUUAUCCAGCUACCCUUGGACAUCAUCUUGAGCUUGGUGUGGUGGGCAACUUUUGGCUUGCUUUUCCAAUUCUCUGGGUUUCCGUGCGAAUGGGUUUUUGAAUGGAUGGACGUGUCGCCGUUCGAUCAGCAGUGCGGCAAGUUCAAGGCGGACAUUGCCUUUUCAUUGACGGCUGCUAUCCUUUGGAUGGCAUCAUCCACACUCAAUGUUUGGGUCAUUCGCCGUGAGGGCCGACAGGAGGACGCUGAUGUUGGGAAUCAUUAUCGCCAGCGAGAGAAACAUGGCAGCCCCAGCGUAGUGUAA